AUGAGCAACUCCUUCAGCAAUCCACCGGCAGUCUCUCCUUAUUUUUCAGGAGCCCCCAACUCGGCCCAACGACAAGAUCAGGGACCCACAUUGCGUCGCAGAAACCCCACGGUUUCGGGUUCGGACAAUGGACACGGUAUUGAUCGAAAGCCUUCUGGGCGAGCAGGAGGUUCUGUGGUCCAGAAGAUGGAUUUUAUGUUUCCAAAAGUUCAUUCGGACUUUACAGUCCAAACAGAUCGUGGAGGAGCGGCGUCUUUGGUUGCCUAUAUUUUGAUUGCGAUUCUUCUUCUUGCCGAGACUUUUACAUGGCUGGGUCAAAACAGAGCCACCUCCGAGCACAUUUCCGUCGACACGAGUCUAGGGAAACGAAUGCGUGUCAACAUCAACAUUACAUUUCCAGCUUUGGCCUGUGAAGAUCUCCACGUGGAUGCCAUGGAUGUGGCUGGAGAUUCUCAAAUCAAUGUGGCAGAUACCAUGGUGAAACGAAAGCUUCAUUUGGAUGGACGGCCUCUGUCCAAAGAGGAAAUUAAGGUGGAAACAAACGCUCAUAGGCAACACCAAGAAACCAAGGAACGACUUCUCAAAGAAGCACUGCCAGAAGACUAUUGUGGGCCUUGCUACGGUGCCCAGGAUACCGACGAACAGUGUUGUAAUGCCUGCGACGAUGUCAUUGAUGCCUACAGUAAGAAAAAAUGGAGAACUGAUGCUCUCUUUCUCACUGCAGAGCAAUGCAUACGAGAAGGAAGAGAUAAGAGAGAACCAAAACUUAUGACGAAAGGACAAGGGUGCCAGCUAUCAGGAUACAUGACAGUUAACCGCGUAGCAGGAAACUUCCACAUUGCAAUGGGAGAAGGAAUCGAGCGCAAUGGACGACACAUUCAUACCUUUGUGCCAGAGGAUGCACCAAAUUUCAAUGCAUCACAUACAAUUCACGAGCUCACUUUUGGACCAGAUGGACACCAAAACAAUGGAUCCCCGCUCAAUGGCGUCUCCAAAAUCGUCAAGGAAGAACAUGGUACAACGGGGCUCUUUCAGUACUUUAUCAAAGUUGUACCUACCAACUAUGUAGGAAUGCCUGUCUUCGAGACAAACAGGUACUUCUUCACGGAGAGAUUUCGACCUUUAAUGGGAGAAGAAGAAGUAUCCGACGAAAAACAGGAAGAAAACGAGAACGACAAACGAAGAGUGGCGAAUGCAGGUCAUGGCGGAGGGCAUUCCAACAAGGAUCAUCACAAAAUUCAAAACUCGGUCCUUCCUGGUGUCUUUUUCAUCUACGAGAUCUAUCCUUUCGCAGUUGAAAUAUCACAGAACAGCGUCCCUUUCACACACUUGCUGAUUCGAUUGAUGGCCAGCGUUGGCGGCAUUUUCACGAUUGUCAAGUUGGCAGAUGCCUUCUUGGAUGACAGAGACAGGCGACGGGGUCGCUAA